AUGUCCGUAUAUAUAUCAAGCCCUCCUCAACUGAUGAGGCUUCCCUUUCCCGUUUAUUGUUCGGAAGCUGACGUCUUGGUUCGGUUCAGGUACUCGGACCUUGAAUGCGAUUACAUCAACCCCAUCGACCUUUGCAACCGCCUCAACACCUACAUCGUCCCUGAAGCCGCUGUCCACGCUUUCCUCACCGCUUUAUUCUUGGUUAAUGGGUACUGGCUCGCACUACUACUCAAUCUCCCGCUCGUGGUAUUUAACGUUAAGAAGUAUGCACUUUCAUUGAUUUUUUUUGGAUGUUUCUUCCUUUUAUCGUUUCUUUUCUGGAAGCCUGCGUCCUUAUGACCCCUAUGACGUGAUUGGCCGUCAUUGCGAGGCAGGAUUUAGAAGUGUUUUAAACACCCUUUUUUACCUUCAACACUUGGCUAAUUUAUUGAAUAGGAUUUUGGAUAAUGCUCAUCUCCUAGAUGCUACGGAGAUCUUCCGAACGCUAAACAAGCACAAGAAGGUAAAAUGUCUUAUCUAUAAUAUUUAACAUCCUGUUUAUUCGCUAACCACCUAUCAUGGUGAAUUUUAGGAAUCUUUUAUCAAACUCGGCUUUCACCUAGUCAUGUUCUUCUUCUACCUAUACAGUAUGAUUGUUGCUCUUAUCAGAGACGAGACCAACUAAGUUGAACGAGAAGCGUUUCUUGCUCGGGCUAUGUGGGAUACGCUUCAGUGGAUGUGGGGAUGGAUUACUGAAGUGUUAGGUUAUGUAAGGGGUGCAUUUUAUAUUAGGGGGCUCGGAUUUUAGUUGUCGUUGGGCAUGAAGCUGGAGAGCUCGUUGGGAUUUGGUAACAAGGUGCAUACGGCAUGACAUCCUUCCACGCUUUAUAGCAGGAGGAAGAGUUAAGAGCCGUGGUGGUGGUGCCGAUUGUUCGCUGUGUGUUUCUCCAAGGCUACUACUAUCAUACUUAUGUAUAGAUCUUACCCUCUAUUUCCAUUUUUUCUUUCUUUUUUUUUUCCAUUUUUUCCAGUUAUUGUUCUUGAUCCCUUUCUGGUCCCGGUGUUUCCCUCUAUUCCCAGCUCUGUUAUCAAGCGAUUUUCUUCUUCCUCAUUCAUUUCUUUGAUUCCCCCGUCUCCAAGAUUUCUAUGCGGUUUGCAUCGAGGUAAUGAGUGGUUUUUCAUGAUGAUACUCACGGGAUUCAGAAUGGAACGGUUGUCUUUUUUUCCUUCCCCACUUUUCCUUCCGCUUUUUCGAGUCGUUUGGGACGGUAAUUGGAGGGCCGGUGGGAAGGGGGUGAAAAAGAAGAAUGCUCUGCUAUGUAUCAUACGAUGAAAGCAUAAUUCGUAGUUCACACGUGGUCACUCGCG